CAGUACAGACGUUCCUGACAAACUACAAGGAAAGACAGGGAACCUACAAGGGCUUCCGUUUAUAGCCUCACAGAUGGUUAGGGUCACUCACAGAGUUGAGGAGAGCCAGCUUGCUGGCUAAAUGCAUCACUUAUGAUUUCCUUUCCUGCUAUUUGGAGUGGGUUACAUCUGGAUUAACUUCCUUUCUACCCGUUGAAGUACGGAACACUUUAGUCUAGACCAGGUUUAAAGUAGAAAAGGAGCAUGAGUCAUCAGGGUGGCAGAAAAUGGACUCGUAUAUUCCCAUUUAUCGUUGUUUCCCUGGUAUAUUCAGCUCAAGCAGAUUAUGCAAACUGUGGUGAAAAUGAAUAUUAUAACCAGACAACUGGUGAAUGUCACAGCUGUGAGGAGUGUGAGCCAGGCCAUGAACCAUUCUUGAACUGUGGAUAUGGCAUUAAGGAAGAAGGCUAUAGCUGCGUUCCUUGUCCGCGUGGCAAAUAUUCCAAAGGAGGAUACCAGAUAUGUAGACGACACAAGGACUGUGAAGGAUUUUACCGAGCCACCGUUCUUAUUCCUGGGGACGAUAAGAAUGAUGCAGAGUGCGGGUCCUGCCUUCCUGGGUUCUACAUGUUGGAAAACCGCCCACAAAAUAUCUACGGGAUGGUUUGCCAUGCGUGCUCACUAGCUCCACCAAAUGUCAAGGAAUGUUUGGCAUCAUCGGCCGUGUUUUCUGCUGGUUCAUCUAGUACCAAAGGCUUGAGUACCAGCUCACCUUUCCAGCGUGGACACAAAGUAGAUAUCCAAGGACAAGGACACUUGGCCACCGCUCUGAUAAUUGCAAUGUCUACAAUAUUUAUUAUGGCUAUUGCCAUCGUAUUAAUCAUCAUGUUCUAUUUCAUAAAGACCAGACCUUCGUCUGCUCAAGCAUGCUGCACAAUUCAUGCCAAAAACGUAGAGGCCCAAGUCAGUCAACAGGAGGAGAAAAAGGAAGUGCCAGCAGAAAAUGUUGUUAUAUUUUCUGAAAAGGAUGAAUUUGAAAAAAUGUCUGAAACACCAACUAAAACUGAAAAAAAUGAGAAUGAUGCAUCUUCAGAGAAUGAACGUCUUCUGAGUCGUAGCAUGGACAGUGAUGAAGAAGCAGCUAUUGACAAGCAAGGCUCCGCAGAACUCUGCCUGUUAUCGUUAGUACAUUUGACAAGGGACAAGUCAACCACCAAUGGCAAAUUAACAGGGAUUCACAGUCGGAGGAAAAAGAUACUUGAUCUCUAUGCCAAUGUUUGCAACGUGGCUGAAGGACUCAGUCCUACAGAAUUGCCAUUCGAUUGUCUAGAAAAGACCAGUAGGAUGCUUAGUUCUACCUAUAAUACUGAAAAGGCAAUUGUUAAAACAUGGCGCCACCUCGCAGAGAGUUUUGGGUUGAAAAGAGAUGAAAUUGGUGGUAUGACAGAUGGACUCCAGCUCUUUGAUCGCAUCAGUACAGCUGGAUACAGCAUCCCAGACCUGCUCACCAGGUUGGUACAGAUUGAGAGACUGGAUGCUGUAGAGUCUCUGUGUACAGACAUUGUAGAAUGGGCUCAAGCUACCCCCACACCCAUUCCACCAUCCACACCCAAAUGUGAAAGCCUGUGAACAAAGCUAUAUGAUGGACAACAAGCCUGGCUUCAUCCAACACUUCCUCUAGUGAGCCACUAUGAACACAAGGAUGUAGUCCAAUGAACGUUAAGUAAGCCUGCAAAUGUAGCAAGAAUGGAAGAUGGUAUAGGACUGAAGAUCAAUUAAAUUACCACAGCACAGCAGCAAGAGGAAAAUUAAAAGACAAAAACUGUGUCCACGUAACAUUAUAUGUCUCUCCUUGGCGGACGUAAUGAUUAAGGGAUUUAAUCACUUUGCUAAAUAAUUCCAAAAGAUAAUUUGAUUCAAAAACUUGAAUAUUUUAUUCA